GGGGUAUAUCUAUCUGUCCAUCUGGGCAUUUGUUGAUUUGCCUUCACCAGUCGGCCACUCCGCGUUGCCUCUCUGUCUUUCUUUCUUUCUUUCUCUGCUUUUUUUUUUAUCUCUCCCAAACAACAAACAAACCCAACCUCUCAGCUUUCUCUCACCUCCCAAAAAGCAACAGCCUAAGCCCUUUCAAAUCCUACCUGUCCCUUCACCUCACAAACCCUAAAAGAGAGAGAGAGAGAAGCGAAGAAGAAGAGAGAGAAACAGAGACAGAAAGAGAAACAGAGGCACAUGCCCCUCCCCCUGGUUACUUUGUACGGUUGGAGAAUACAAAUACCGAAGACGAUUUAUAUUUGAGGAAGAAAGUCAGGAUGCGCAAGUGGCUCUGUUGUACUUGUCACGUCGAAGAGUCUUAUCCAUCAAACGAAAAUGAACGCCUGAAGAGCCCAAAGCAUUAUGCAGAUGGGAACCAAAAGGGCAAUAAGGUGUCAGCUCCUGUAAAAUCUGAUGUACAGAAGGCCCCACCACCUAUUGAAGUGCCUCCAUUGUCUUUGGAGGAGCUGAAAGAGAAGACUGACAAUUUCGGAUCUAAGUCAUUGAUUGGUGAAGGAUCAUACGGAAGAGUAUAUUAUGCAAGCUUGAAUGAUGGUAAAGCUGUGGCCGUGAAGAAGCUUGACGUUGCAUCCGAGCCCGAGUCAAAUGGCGAGUUUUUGACCCAGGUUUCCAUGGUUUCGAGAUUGAAGCACGAAAAUCUUGUUGAGUUGCUUGGUUACUGUGUGGACGGAAGUUUGCGCGUGCUUGCUUAUGAGUUUGCGACCAUGGGAUCUCUACACGACAUAUUACAUGGUAGAAAGGGAGUUCAAGGGGCUCAACCAGGUCCCACACUAGACUGGUUGCAGCGGGUGAGAAUUGCAGUUGAUGCGGCUAGGGGAUUGGAAUACUUGCAUGAGAAGGUUCAACCUGCUAUUAUACACAGAGAUAUAAGAUCUAGUAAUGUGCUUCUCUUUGAAGAUUUUAAAGCCAAGAUUGCAGAUUUUAAUCUCUCAAAUCAGGCUCCUGAUAUGGCUGCUCGUCUUCAUUCCACUCGAGUUUUGGGAACGUUUGGCUAUCAUGCCCCAGAGUAUGCAAUGACUGGUCAAUUGACACAGAAGAGUGAUGUGUACAGCUUUGGUGUGGUUCUUCUAGAACUUCUGACUGGGAGGAAACCUGUCGAUCAUACAAUGCCACGUGGACAGCAGAGUCUUGUUACUUGGGCUACUCCAAGAUUGAGUGAAGACAAAGUUAAGCAAUGUGUAGAUCCAAAGCUAAAGGGAGAUUAUCCUGCUAAAGGAGUCGCAAAGCUGGCAGCUGUGGCAGCAUUGUGUGUGCAAUAUGAAGCUGAAUUCCGGCCAAACAUGAGCAUUGUUGUCAAGGCUCUUCAACCACUUCUGAAGCUGCCACCACCACAAGCUCCGGAGCCUUGAAGUUUCCUUCUGUUGGAAUUUCUGCGUCCCUGAAACAUUCUGCUUCAAAUUUCCUGCUGAUUUCAUCUUUCUAUAUAUAUAUUUUUUUCUUUUGUUUUUCAUAUAUGAGAUUGGAUGUGUAGGAUUGGUUUGGCCAGUUUCAUGUCAUUGCUGAGUUCUGUAUGUUGCUGGAACUAUCCCGGUGUCUAAUUUUUUAGUUAUGAAUUGACUUGGGGAUUGGGUUGUGAGGUGGAUAUAUUUUUCUCUGAAUACUGUUUGCUUUCUUUGGCUUCUGUAUCAUUGAAUGAAGUCUAUCGCGCAUGUUUUGUAA